AUGCAAGACCUUAUCGUUUGUAACUGGUUGAAAAAAACUGCACCGACACCGUAUGCUUUGGGCAAGUUUAUGGCAGAUACUAUCGUAUUAAUGUGGAGCUUAAUGAAAAUCGGCAGCCGCAGUAAUGCUAGCUUGCACUUUAAAAAUUUUUGUGCUGAGACAAUAUUGAAUGCAAAAGUAUCAAAAACGACCGUUUUCAUAGCAAUGAAAUAUAUACAAAAGUACAUGAAAAAAGGCAACACCGCAAACUUUACAAACGAAUAUCAACUUUUUACGAUCGCUCUAAUGGUGGCACACAAAUGGCAUAUCGAACCAGUUUAUAAGAAUAAAACUUGGUCGGAUAUUACUCACAUGCCUCUUAUUGAAAUUAAUAAGUUGGAACUCGCAUUUAUAGAAUCUUUAAAUUAUAAGAUUCAUAUUGGUAGAGACAAGUAUUCUUUUUGGUUAAAAUGUUUGACAGAAUACAUUAAUACUGGAAAACUUGUAUCACUAUUUGUUGAACGAUUUAGCAAAAGUGCUACUUCAUCACCACCACCAGGUUUUGGUAUCGGAAAAUCUAUAAUUAUUCCUACUCCGGUAGGAUAUGAACGAAAGAUCACUUCAAACAAUUAUACUGAAUAUGGACUUAAACUUGAUUUUUUUCAAUUAAAUUAA